GGAGAAAGGAGGAAAGAGAAGAGAGCACAAAACCAUAAAAAGAUCCUGUGUCUCUGUUCCCCCUCACUUUUGGAAGUUCACUGAUAGCUGACUUCUGAAAGUAAUUUUUCUUUGCCCUGGUACUUCUAGCCACAUACUUCUAUCCUUGUUUCCCUAACCCCCCUUUUUCAAGGAUGGCCAGUCAACUAACUCAAAGAGGAGUUCUUUGUCUGCUGCUUUUCCUAACUCCAGCAGUGACACCAACAUGGUAUGCAGGUUCAGGCUACUAUCCAGAUGAAAGCUACAAUGAAGUAUAUGCAGAAGAGGACACACGUGCUCCCACCCUAGACUACCGAGUCCCCCGAUGGUGUUACACAUUAAAUAUCCACGAUGGAGAAGCCACAUGCUACUCACCGAGGGGAGGAAAUUAUCACAGCAGCCUGGGCACACGUUGUGAGCUCUCCUGUGACCGGGGCUUUCGACUGAUUGGUCGGAAGUCGGUGCAAUGCCUGCCAAGCCGACAUUGGUCUGGAACUGCCUACUGCAGGCAGGUAAGAUGCCAUGCACUGCCGCUCAUCACUAGUGGCACCUAUACAUGCACAAAUGGGGUGCUUCUUGACUCCCGCUGUGACUACAGCUGUUAGCUAGAGGGUGACCGCAGCCGAAUCUGCAUGGAAGAUGGGCGAUGGAGUGGAGGCGAGCCUGUAUGUGUAGACAUAGAUCCCCCCAAGAUCCGUUGUCCCCACUCACGUGAGAAGAUGGCAGAGCCAGAGAAACUGACUGCUCGAGUAUACUGGGACCCACCCUUGGUGAAAGAUUCUGCUGAUGGUACCAUCACCAGAGUGACACUUCGGGGACCUGAGCCUGGCUCUCAUUUUCCAGAAGGAGAGCAUGUGAUUCGUUACACUGCGUAUGACCGAGCCUACAACCGGGCCAGCUGCAAGUUCAUUGUUAAAGUACAAGUGAGACGCUGCCCAAUUCUGAAACCACCACAGCAUGGCUACCUCACCUGCACCUCAGAGGGGAACAACUAUGGUGCCACCUGUGAAUACCACUGUGAUGGUGGUUAUGAGCGCCAGGGGACCCCCUCUAGGGUCUGCCAAUCCAGCCGCCAGUGGUCAGGAUCACCACCUAUCUGUGCUCCUAUGAAGAUCAAUGUCAAUGUCAACUCGGCUGCUGGCCUUCUGGAUCAGUUCUAUGAGAAACAGCGACUCCUCAUCAUCUCAUCUCCUGAUCCUUCAAACCGAUAUUAUAAAAUGCAGCUCUCUAUGCUACAGCAAUCUACCUGUGGACUGGUCCUGCGGCAUGUGACCAUCAUCGAGCUGGUGGGACAGCCACCUCAGGAGGUGGGGCGCAUCCGGGAGCAACAGCUGUCAGCCAACAUCAUCGAGGAGCUCAGGCAAUUCCAGCGCCUCACUCGCUCCUACUUCAACAUGGUGUUAAUUGACAAGCAGGGAAUUGACCGGGAACGCUAUAUGGAGCCUGUCACCCCUGAAGAAAUCUUCACAUUCAUUGAUGACUACCUACUAAGCAACCAGGAGUUGACUCAGCGCCGGGAACAAAGGGACAUAUGUGACUGAAUUUGAGCUAGGGCAUGGUAGAGGUCAAGGAAAAAGGCCUCCUCAUUAGCUGAAACUGGAGCCUAAUGAAAGGAAGAAACGAUUCCCCGUAUUUCUAGAGACAGGGCUUUGAGGUGGAUGAGGUUCUUCAAUCCUGAGACACUACUACCAGGUGUCUUUGUAGGUUUCUGAAGUACUAUUUCUAAGCAAGUUUCUGCUUUAGGUAGCUCUGGAAGAUCAUAAAAGGUAAGGACUGAGGACAGGCCCUAGGCAGUGGAUUAGGGAUAGAAGGUCUUCCUUUCCUAACCUUGGCCUCUGCACUGCUCUCCAAAGUCUUCAAGGAAAGUAAAUCCUAAACUCAUUCAUUCUCUAACUGGCUGCGUUACAUGGUUCCACUAUCCUGAAGUGACAGCAGAGGGCAGCACCAUCUCAACAGAUUAAAUAAGACAUUUUAGGCAAUGGAAACUGGAUUUUCCUUGAAGUUAACUAUAACACAGGGAGGGUUGGGCUACAAAUAUUCUUAAACUUGCUUGUCAUUUCUCCUAGGGCAUUGGGGCACAAAUGUUACAUGAACCAUGGCUUCGUCUAAGAGUUAGACUGCAACAUCAGGGAACUUGGGGAAAAAAAAAAAAAAGUCCAAGAAGAAAGAAGUAUGCUUUCCCUUGGCCCCUCUAGCUGGCUCAUGUGCAAGAACCCCUUCUUACUAAGUCCUCUAGGUCCCAUAGUGAAAGGCAGACAGUGCUGUCCCUUGCCCAUGAUUUAAGAAACCUUAAGACCACUGCUGCAGGUAUAAAGAAAAGGGAGACAGACUCGGCCUCAUGUGCUAAUGUCCGCAGAUACGCACUUUUCAGAGAUGAGCACAGAGUAAGAACCAGGCCUAUGUAAAUCUGAGGUCAGGCUACUUAAGGUGGAGCCACACACAGGUCCCUGUUCUGACUUCGGUCCCACCCACUGGUGCAUCAGUGUUUAAAAUAAAUGAGUUCUUCCCCUUGCUGCCAAGAACCUUCUUCUAAAAACUCAUGAAACCCAGGGUCAUAGUUAAGACUCAGCAGCCUUUUUCCUUCAGCUUUACCCAGGAGGUCAUCAGUAGAAAACUAGAAGGGAGAAGGCUAGAUAAGAAGCAGAGUUCUUGAUGCUCGAGCUUGUUCUGUGUGCCAGGUGUCGUUCUAAAGACUUAGACUGACAACAUGGCUUCACUAGAACCCUACAAGGUAGGUACUUAUCAGCCUAGUCCCAUUUUACAGAUGAGAGAAUUGAAGCUCAGCAAGGUUAGGCAAUUUGCUUAAAAUCAGACAGCAAAUAAGUGAAAGAGUCAUUUAAAUGCCAGCAGCCUGGCUCCAGGGGAAGACAUUAUGCCUUACUACCUCUACUUCUUCUCUACUUUCCAUUUAAAGAUGGCUAAAAGUCCUAAGCAAAGAGAAAGAUCUAUCUCCUAUAAUCUUACUCAGACACAAGACUCAGUGGGAGCCCAGGAGGAAAGAGGAAAACAAAAGUUUUCAUCCCAAGAAAAUUCACUCUUUAAAGCAGAGUGAUGGGACAUAAAUCAUGAGUCUAGAGCAUAUAGGUAUAGCAAUGAGUCAAACAGAGCCUGUUUCCACUGGGGGAUUACUGAAAAUCUCAUUUUUAAUGCAUGAAAUAAACAAUUAGGCAGUUUCCAGGUGGGAUGGGACAUGAAGGAAAUGAUCAAACUUGGAGCAAAACGGUCCUCUUUCUCCCUCCUCCUUCCAGGAAAAUACAGGCGCUAUAAGGGGCAGGCAGCAACUUAUGGGCAGAAGACAAAAUACAAUGAUUUUAUGUGGGAAAUCUCUGGCCAGACAAGGUCUGCAGUUCCAAAGGCAAAGACUGCACACCAAGAAAGAUGAAUGCCCUUCCUUAUCUUUAUCAUACUAACUCAUCAAGUGGCAAGCCAAGACAUGCUAGCAGGUCAAAGGUCCAAAAAUAACAUUGAGGAGGCCCUCUACCCUCUGAGUAGCGUUCCCACCUGGGCCUAACACUUCCAUAUAAGUGCUCUCUUCUAUCUUAAAACAACUGAGGAACAUUGUUUUAUCUUGAGUAGUCAUGGCAAAUUGAUAUUGCUUUAUGUAGGUAAAGUUCUUUUUUAUUUAUUUUUUUUUUUUUGAGAGGUGU